CAUGACCUCCUGUCAGCUGAUCAAAUCUUGCGUCUUGUCUGUCGGGGUCACAGCGAUGCAACUAUAAACAUCUAAUCGUGACAUUCAAUAAAACGACGCUAUUUUUCGAUUAAUCCGACGAUUUUAAUAGCUGGGAGUCUCCGCAGAUUGAUCAAGUAUUCAAAUUAAAGAAGGAAGAUGUCGGGAAAAGAGCGGAUCGACAUUUUCCCCUCUAGAAUGGCUCAGACCAUUAUGAAAGCUCGUCUGAAAGGAGCUCAGACUGGCCGCAGUUUGCUGAAGAAGAAAUCAGACGCUCUGUCCAUGCGAUUUCGGCAGAUUUUGAGAAAAAUCAUUGAGACUAAGACGCUGAUGGGAGAGGUGAUGAGAGAAGCUGCCUUUUCAUUAGCUGAAGCUAAAUUUGCUGCUGGUGACUUCAGUACUACAGUCAUUCAAAAUGUGAACAAGGCCCAGGUGAAGGUCAGAGCAAAAAAGGACAACGUUGCAGGAGUGACUCUGCCAGUGUUUGAACAUUAUCAGGAGGGUGGAGACAGUUAUGAGCUGACGGGUCUGGCCAGAGGUGGAGAACAGCUGUCUCGACUCAAGAGGAACUACGCUAAAGCUGUGGAGCUGCUGGUGGAGCUCGCCUCUCUACAGACCUCUUUUGUGACGCUGGACGAGGCCAUAAAGAUCACAAACCGGCGUGUGAAUGCCAUUGAGCAUGUGAUUAUUCCCAGAAUUGAGCGCACUCUUACCUACAUCAUUACUGAGCUGGAUGAGCGAGAGAGAGAGGAGUUUUACAGGUUGAAGAAGAUCCAGGAGAAGAAGAAGCAGCUCCGAGAGCGGACGGAGAAGGAGAUCGCCAAACGCCUGGCAGCUUUAGGGCCGAUCGCCGAGCCCACAAACAUGCUGAUGGAGGAGGCCGACGAGGACCUGCUGUUCGAAUGAGCUGAAACAAGCUAUGGUGGUCGAGUGAGCUUAACGUGCUGCAGUUUAAGAAAGCACAUGCA